AUGUCGUCUGGCUUGGCAUCACUAGCUGGCUAUGGGAGCGACUCGGAUGACGAGGACAUCACACCUGUCGCAGCCUCGUCCAGCAGCCAUGCUGUCUCGAACACGAUAUCGGUCACCGCGAGUAAGCCGUCCUCCUCCAAGCUUGGCUCACUGCUCCCGCCGCCGAGAUCUGGACUAGCGUCAAAGCUUCCUGCACCUUCGUCUGCAUCUAUUGCUCCGAGCACGCCAAAGGGAAGCGGCUUGUCUCUGCCACCUCCUGCGUCCUCGGCAGCCAAGCGCAAAGUCAUCAAGGUCGACACACUCAAAUCUGCACAUGAUUCGGACGAGGAAGCGGAUUCCAGGAGCAACACCAAGAAGCCCAAACUAGGCUCAAGUAGCGCGUCAACAUCAAAGCAUUCGCUCUUUGGCAUGCUACCAGCCCCUAAGCGCAAAUACGACGAGAUUCUGGCAGAGAGACAGAAGGAGGCGGAAGCAAGGAAGGCGGCCAAGGCGAUACAGGACUCAGAUGCGCCGGCGAUGGCAGAGGCGCCGCUCAGCAUCAAUCAAGACAUUCUGCGCGAGGCUUCGCCCACAGAAGGCGCCGAGCCUGUCGCAGCAUCGGGUAGCAAGUCGAAGGGCAAGAACAAUGAUGCGUUCAGGGCAAUGCUUGGACUCAAGCCAGCGACUCCGAAGCCGACUCCUUCUACCGCCUCCGCUGCGACAGCCAGCGCAGCCAUCUCGAGACAGCAAGCAACAGCGCUUCCAUCCAACAGUGUUUCGUAUUUCCUACCUCAAUCGGAACCUGCAGCGUCAAGGAAGAUUGAGCCCGCGACCCCUGUCGACUUCUUCUCUCUCAGCGCUGACCGUGCUUCCAAUAGCGCCGCGUCCUCGUCGCAUGCGCCGUCGCUGUCCAUCUCGUCCGCUCCGAUCAUCAAAGACGCUGGCACAAAUGCAUCCUCACUUGCUGCAGACGCUUCCGAUGACGCUGCAGAAUACCCAGGCUGGCAACUUGACCCAGACGGCUCGUGGGUUCCCGUCACCCCGGAGGCCCAAGCCCAGCUGCUCGCCUACCAGCAAUCCCUCCCGACGUCUUCACAGGAGGCAACUUCCACCACCUCAACCGCACACAAAGGUGCAUCCAAUCUGGACGGUACACGCGAUCUCCUAGCAGCAGGUCUGACACCGGAAGAUAUCCGCGCCUUUGAUGCCUCCACCGCAGCCCGCGAAGCCUACCAGAACGCCGGCGAUGAUGCCGACAGCGACAAGUAUGCAGCCGCUGCCGAGUUUGCAGCCGGAAACAGAGACGUGCAGCAGAGGAAGCCGGGUACGCUGAAGGGACUGAGGAAGGGACAGCUGAGCAGUCUCGUCAGUCUGGCGAACGAGAAUAGGGGCCAGCUGGAAGAGAAGUGGAAACGGGGUCGAGAUGCACGCGCUCGUGGGGCGAAUAUGUACGGGUUCUGA